CAACCAUCGUUUCAAGUGCUCUUCCUUGUACGUCUCUCAUGCAUAUUGACACAAUUUGAAAGCAUAGAUAUAUGUGAUGGAAUCCGUCCGAGCGUACUUGAAUAGUCCAAUGGGUCCUAAAACAACUCACUUUUGGGGUCCUAUGGCCAAUUGGGGAUUUGUCAUCUCUGGAAUGAUGGAUACAAAAAAGCCCCCAGACGCGAUAUCUGGCAACAUGACUGCAGUAUUGUGUAUUUAUUCGAUGUUGUGUAUGAGAUUUGCAUGGAUGGUGAGGCCUAGAAAUCAUAUGUUGCUAGCUUGCCAUGCUGCUAAUGAAUCUGUCCAACUCUACCAACUUUCUCGUUGGCUACGCUAUAGGAACCUCCAACCAAAGGAAGAGGCAGCGGCUUCUGAUUAGUGCGGA